GUCGAAGUGAGAAUGAAAUAGAUUUUCAGUUGCACUGCCAGUCGAGCCACGACCGUGAAUAGGAUUGAAUCAAGUUUACCGCCAGUGCAGUUUGCAGCCGUUCGUUUGUAAUUACUUUUCGUUCGACGAAAAGCAAAAGAACCUCCCGCCAAUAGACGGAGCGGAGUGAAACCUGCACCGGUUUUUUUUAGUGACGUGCGUGAAUCUUUCGGCUUAGGUUAACGUUGAUGCGCUCGAUGCAUAGAACUAAUUAAAAUUGACGACGUUCAGUGAGAAAAAAAAACGAUGAAAAAAGUAACGGACAUAAGUGCAUUUACCGAUGGCGGUGAGGAAGAGUGUGCCCAAGAGCGGCGUGAAAGUGUGGAAAAAUUGCUAAAACUGUCGGAGAAUGAUGUCCACCUAACGGUCGAUAGCAUCGAGUGUCUGCCCGGAAGCCAGCAAGGUGAUAACUACAUGUCGAUCAUAAAGCGCAUCCUGGUGCGAGGAAAACGUCGGAAGUGGAACGGGAAAGCCAAGGAAUUUUUCGUGUCGCUGAUCUUCAAGCGGCAAAUCGCGAGCCUUCAGCGGCGAAAGCUGUUCCGAGCGGACGAAGCCUUCGCCAACGAGAUCAACGCCUACACGCAGCUGGUACCGGUGCUGAGAAAAUUCUCCCGUGAUCGGCUCCCCUUUCCGUCGUGCAUCUACGCCGGCACAGAUGCUGAGGGUGACCUGAUCGUGCUGCAGGAUUUGUGGCGCAGCGGAUACCGAAUGGUCGAUCGUCGGAAGAGUCUCAGCUAUCGCCAGUGCCGGACGAUUAUGCGGGAGUUAGCAAAUUUCCACGCUGUGUCACUGGCCAUGAAGCAAAUUCAGCCGGUGUUGUUCCACACGAUGAAAGAAAAGGUAUCAGAAAUAGUCUACAACGAUGAGGCAGCCGAAUUCUACACACAUUCCCUGGAGACCUCCUUGAGGGGUACCCUAGACAGCUUGCACUACAGCAACAAGGACGGCAACCUGGACGUCGCGAUUAAAGCCAUCGAACGCUUGAGUGGACGACUGUACAGCAUCAUGUCCAGCACGGUUCGCAACAGUCACGAACCUUGGAAUGUGCUUUGCCACGGGGACACCUGGGUGAACAACCUAAUGUUCAACGAAAGCCAAGACCGAGCCAAAUUGAUUGAUCUGCAAACAAUGCGGUACACCUCGCCGGUCAUCGAUAUCAUCCAUCUGCUUUACACCAGUGCCGGGGCUGAUCUGCGACUUAAUUUCACGGAUGAACUCCUACGGAACUACCAGGAAGCUCUCGUGGAUGCACUGCGAACCUAUGUCCCCGUGCACAAGCGGUUUGUUCUUGCCUCGCUGGAAGCUACCUUCUGCUACGAGAACAUUCGGACGGAAUAUUACUCGCGCAUCCAGUACGGACUGGGAAUCGCCAUGUGGCUGCUACCGGCAGUUACCUUCCAUCCGGAUCACAUUCCCGACCUCGACUCGGUAACAAUGAACGAUUUCAAAACCAAGAACCACGAGAAAACGAUCGCCCAGAUGCUGUCGCCCGAUUAUCACACCCGGAUGCGUGAAACCGUGCUGGAGUUCUACGAAAAUGGAUUCCUGGAUGGCAUGUAAAGAUUAGUGAUCGGCGGAAUGUGUUCAGUUUGAGAAAGUAGUAGUUGGGUUCAGCUGUCGAUCACUGGUAAAGAUUUUGCUAUUCAAUAUCGAUUAACUCGAACAAACAUUUUAACUAGUAUUAAACCAUACGAAGAAACCCUCUCGAUUAUCAUUCCAACAAAUGAAAAUAAAACCUUCAACAUAAACUUAUUUAUCAAUAGUUACCGUUCGUGAGGCACAUUCAAUGAACAUGCCUAGUACAUGCAACAGCUAGUCAUUUAUAUAUUGGUAAAGCAUUACAUCAAAAUAAGGAAAAUAAAAAUAGUAAACAAAAAGCCAGCCGUUUCUAUCGGUUAUCAAAGUAGGAAAUCAAACAUGCCAAAACAAUCGAAAACAAAACAUCACGUAAGAUCGAGAAGCGCCUCCGAGUUAUGCAGCCAAGUGCGAGCUUAUUUCACAUAGCAAAUCACCCCAGUUGUAUUACUUAACAGUUUGCAAUAUCAAUUUCGCUGAGAGCAAUAAAACAAAAACUAAACUAUAGCAAAAAAGAAAAACAGGAAAACCGCCACGGUACGAUGCCUUACGUAAGUUUAGUUUAGAUGGUAAUCGCAAUCUCACCUGGAAGAUUAGAACCGGCAAACGUAACGCAGUGCUGUCAAACGUCCCUCGAACCGAAACAGUAGCAGGCGGAGCAUUACCGUCGUCACACUUUGUAGCUUAUCAAUAAUAAGUACAACCAUAAUAAACCUAGCAAGCGCCGGAGGCCAAGACCACUGGCAAGUGAAAAUAUUCCACCACAAUAAUAUCCUGGCAGUUAAUUAAACCUAGCAGAUCUAGUUGAAUACAUAAUAAUUGUACUCGAGAUAAGUCCAGUUGCAGCACGUGUAUCAUUCGUUUGCCUUAACAAUCUUAAAACAGUACAAGAGUAGUAAAAAUGAGAGCAACCGGAGAUACGGAGAAAAGUUAAUGUUUUAUUACACGUUUCUUGACGUAAUAGUGUUCAGUAGUGUUCGUUGAAAAAUAUUUACGUUAAAUAUUACUGUUGUAAAAACACAAAAAAUAGUUGUAUCGCACAUAAAGCCCAGGACUCUCGCUGUUCUAUUAAGCUGAGGUGGAAUGUGUGACCUAUCCGAUCCGUGGAGGAUGGGCGUUUUGAAAUGCAAACUUGCUAAAUGCUUCUGAUUUCAAGGUUUACAGCUUUCAAUGCAAAUAGCGAAAUCUGGUUUUAUACUUGUUGUAUACGUACUAAGUGGCUAGAAAAGCUCAUGAAUAAACUUAUAUUGCUUUAAGCUAA